CUCAUUUAUUUGCCGCACUCCGAGGCGUUCACAACGUUCAAAAGCUGCGCGCUCAAGCUAAAACAGAAAAACCGAGGCAUCGGCAAAGCAGUGCGAGGAAAACGCGAAAAUCAAACGCAAAUAGAGUGAAGUUUAGAUGCUCAUAGUAAAAUUUAAAUUACCAACCAUAAACGUGCGCUUACCAUUACCCAUAAAUUAAUUUUCACAAUUUAUGCAAGUAAACAUCUUUACUUGAAGGACACUCGGGCCAUAAAUUGUUCAAUCAACAAAUACAACUAAGAAAAAUUAGUAAUCGACUAAGCCAAACGGCAGCUGCAGUCACAGCCAUUUAAAAAUGUCGCCGCUGCUUCCAUUGGCAUCGCUAAUUAUCUUGGCCAAUUUGGUGGCAGCUCGACCCUACUCCUACGGUCCAAGGGCAGAUGCAAAUGCGCCGCCUACGAGAUUGGCCAACCGGAUUGUGGUGCAGUCUCCGUCGCUGGACAACUUGUACAUGGACUACGUGGUCACCUCCAAGCCGCUGAACCUGCGCAAGUACAACAAGAACGGCAGUAAGACGAAAAAAACGAAAAAGGAUUCGAAAAUCUAUUACAUACCCGUACCCCCACUGCCCUUCCGUCACAUACCCGGCAUCGGCUUGGACUAUCAGCCGAUGAAGAUCAAUCCCAUUCUCCAGGAGGCGGAGAAGACGACGACGACGAAGACCACAACGGUGCGUCCGUCGACGACGACAUCCAGGCCCAAGCUGGACCAUCGGAAUCCCAGUAAGGUGUUCCGGGUGCAGCACCAGAAGGACUACUACUUCAAUGGCCGGCCACAUCGACUGCAGGUUGCCCAUGCCGGUGCAAAAACUGGACUGACGGCCGCCAACCUAAAGUCCAACUUCUACUAUAACAAAAACAUUAUUUAUUAGUACUCAUAGUUAGCAAAUAAAAAAGAAAAACAACAAUUGCUUUGUUUCGCGGGUUUGGUAAGCGAAUAUUUUAAGCGGCUUUUGAAUGGACCCCGCCUUGAAGGGGAAAUGGCAAAACCUUUCAACUGGAUCGCGUUUCCUAUGAGCCGAAUUGACAA